CUGACGCGAUGCGGCAACCGGCGGUACGGCUGGUGCGGCUAAGUCGGCUGCCCUACGCCGAGCUGCUAGCCCUGCAGGAGCGCUGGUUGAGACGGCUGCAGGUCGAACCAGGCACUGAGGCCCUGUCGGGAGCUGAGGAAGGCGCGCUCCUGCUCUGCGAGCCCGCGGGGCCCGUGUACACGUCUGGGCUGCGCGGCGGCCUGACGCCAGAGGAGACGACGCGGCUGCAGGCCUUGGGCGCCGAAGUACGCGCCACAGGCCGCGGUGGCCUGGCCACCUUCCACGGCCCCGGCCAGCUGCUCUGCCACCCUGUACUAGAUCUGCGACGCCUGGGCCUGCGCCUGCGCACGCAUGUGGCGGCGCUGGAGGCGUGCGCGGUGCGCGUGUGCGAGCUCCAGGGUUUGCACGGAGCCCGCGCGCGGCCUCUGCCCUAUACCGGCGUCUGGCUCGGGGAGCGCAAAAUCUGCGCGAUCGCCCUCAGGAGGGCCCUCAGUGGUCAUCUCCAAUAUUCAUCUUCUCGAGAAGUGAAUUGCCAGGUUACUUCCAAUGAAUUGCAAUGUCUGGACAAUAAUGAAGGAGUCCGCUGUGGAAGGCACAUCACGUCCCACGGCCUGGCUUUAAACUGUUCUACAGACCUCAUGUGGUUUGAUCACAUUGUCCCCUGUGGGCUGGUUGGGACAGGCGUCACUUCUCUGAGUGAGGAGCUCCAGAGGCACGUCACUGUGGAUGAAGUAAUACCACCUUUCCUUGAGGCCUUUCAGGAGACCUACAAAUGCACAUUGAUCUCAGAGGACAGCCCCAACUAAAGGGCAUUCAUGUUAUCACAGCUGGGAGGUCCUGCUUGAAAAGCACCAAGCCUGACUUAAAGUCACUGAAACCCAGAUUCUAGACCUGGUCCUGCCAUUCACUCACCAUGAAACUAUGAGCAAAUUAUGAGCCCUUACCAUUGUUUCCAUAUGUGUACUGGUUUAUUUAUAUCUUCUCAUCUAUCUCAUAUAUAGUAGAUGUGAAACUUUAUGAAAAACAACACAUGCUAUAUAAAUGUUAAGAUUACCACUACUGUUGACACCAUUUUCUCAGAGAAACUUAGACAUAAUCAGUUCUCAAAUAUUUAUUACUUCCUAAAUGCUGUAUUUAGUUGGGCAAUUCUAGGAUCCAGUUCCUUUGAUUUUAUGGAAAUCAUACCUCUGGAUAGCCCGGGUGAAGGUGAUGUGGGGUGCUUUUUCAUUCUCAAGAGACCGAGGUGCUUUCUGCAAUGAAAGGAAAAGGGGAAGGAAUCUUUAAAGAAUAAAAUGAGAUCUUGUCUUCCUGGGUUGGAUUCUCCAAGCCUGAUAGCUAUUUUUAGUUAGGUAACCUGAGCUAGACCAGAGGCCAGGGAAAGAACCAAAAUAAUUUCUUACACUGUGCAAAUGUCAAAGGUAGAAGUUAGUUUUCCUUAAGUGGGAAUCCCUAAGUUUAUAAGGCUAUGUAUUAUUUAUUGCUAUGCAACAAAUCACCCCAAAAUGUAAUGGCUUAAAACAAUAAACAUUGUCUCAUAUA